GGUCCAGAAACUGCUCAGGUGUGGAUGUAGGUCGUUGAGCAACAGACAUUCCUGCCUUCUUGAUUCUUCACGAAGAAACAGUGUUGUGAUGCAUUAGGAUAAUCCAUUGCCCGUGAUGCUACAUCCCAUCCAGCUCUCUGCAGUGCAUCUGAGAAGCAGCAGACAACCCAAAUUCUUGAGUCCCUGCCACCAUGAGGGAGACUUGGAUGGAGUUCCAGAUCCGAGCUUUGAUCUGACCCAGUCCCAGCCAUUGUGACCAUUUGGCUUUCAGGUGAUUGACGAGGACAGAGUCCCUAAGCUGCAAAGAGACUGAAUUUUGGAAACUACGUCCAGAACUCCACAUAGACCCGCCAAAAGAGAAUGGGAGAUGUGUGCUUGAACAGUGGAACCAGGCAGCAUGCUAGUGAGCUGCCCAAGCGCUUGUACCCCUGCACCCACAUGGGAGGCCCAGAGGAAGCUCCUGAUUUCCUGGCUUCAGAUCGGCCCAAUCUCUGGCCACUGCAGCCAUUUAGGGAAUGAACCAGCAGAUGGAAGACCCCUUUUCUCUCUCUGCCUCUCUCUCUCUAACUCUACCUCUCAAAUAAAUAAAUAAAAUCUUUUAAAACAUGUAAUUGAAUGUUAAGUAAUGUGAGGAUAGGGCAAUACAGAGAUUCCCAAAUUUUAGUUUAAUACUUUUGACAAAUACUCCCCAGUUACUUAAAGGAAGAGCAACUCCUUGUGUGCCUGCUGCAACCUUGCCACUAUUUGAAGGGGAAGAGCUCAUUGCCUGCCCUGAGGGGCAGUGCUGCAUCCCUCUCAGGUGAUGAUAGCAUUUGAAGACCUGGCUGUGUACUUUACCUGGGAGGAAUGGCAGAACAUGAACCAAGCUCAGAAAAUCCUGUACAAGGAUGUGAUGCUGGAGACCUACAGCAGCCUGUUCUCCCUGGGGUACUGCAUGACCAAACCUGACUUGAUCUUCAAGUUGGAGCAAGGAGCAGAGCCCUGGAUGGGGGAAGAAUGCCUACAUCAGAGCCUUCCAGUUGCCAUGAAACUGGAUGAACUGAUUAAGACCAACCAGAAAAGUCUGGAGAAAAAUCUGAAUCAGGAUGUUAUGAAAAAUAAUAAGACAUUAACUUCCAAGGGAGUUGAAUUCAGAAAAACACUUAAUUUAAGUAUAAGCCAUAUUCCAAAACUGAGUAUCAAAAAGAGAAACUAUUCAGGAAUAAAACCUGAAGAAUGCAGUGUAUGUCACAAUGUGUAUCCCCAUUGUGGGCCUGAUCAACUACAAGCUGGAGAGAAAUUUGAUGCUACUACGGUACCUGGGAACACUCUCCAGUUCUGUGAGCCUCUUAAUCAACAGCACAAAAUUCAGACCAUGGAGCAGGCACUUGAACAAAUUGGACAAGGGAAAGUCUUCAAAAGGAAGAAUAUAUUCUAUGGAUCUGAGAAGCUUUUUAUGGUAGAAACCUGUAAUAAGCCAACUGCCACUAUUGGCAAGACAACUCAAAUACUACAAGAUUUCCAUAAAAAGUCUAACCUCAGUAUACAUCAACAAAGUCCCAAAAGAGAGAACGUUUAUAAGAAUAUUGGGCCUGUGGAACCUGUCAUUUACCAAUCACAUUUUAGAAUGAAUCAUAGACCAAAUAUAGAGAAGGAAUCCUAUGCAUGUAAAACUUGUGGGAAGUCAUUCAGUAAUAAAUUCUGCCAUCCCCUCCAUCACAGCACUCAUAUAGUGGAAAACCCUCAUGUGUGUAAUGAUUGUGGAGAAACCACUCACCAGAAGUCAGGUGUCAUUAGACAUGAGAGAAUUCACACAGGGUUGAAAUCUUAUAAAUGUAAUGACUGUGGGAAGUUCUUUGACCAGAAGAAACACCUCAUAAAUCAUCAGAGAAUUCACACAGGGGAGAAACCUUAUGAAUGUAAUUAUUGUGGAAAAACUUUUGGCCAGAAGUCACAACUCAAAAUGCAUCAGAGAAGUCACACAGGGGAGAAGCCUUAUGAAUGCAAUGAUUGUGGAAAAGCCUUUGGCCGGAAGUCAAACCUCAUAAAUCAUCAGAGAAGUCACACAGGGGAGAGGCCUUAUGAGUGCAAUGACUGUGGAAAAGCCUUUGGCCAGAAGUCAAACCUCAGAAAGCAUCAGAAAAGUCACCCAGGGGAUAAGCCUUAUGAGUGCAAUGACUGUGGAAAAGCCUUUGGCCGGAAGUCAAUCCUCAUAAAUCAUCAGAGAAGUCACACAGGGGAGAAGCCUUAUGAAUGCAAUGACUGUGGAAAAGCCUUUGCCCAGAAGCCACACCUCAUAACUCAUCAGAGAAGUCACAGAGAGUAUAAGCGUUAUGAAUGCGGUGACUGUGGAAAAACCUUUGGCCGGAAGUCAAUCCUCAGAAAUCAUCAGAGAAGUCACACAGGGGAGAGGCCUUAUGAGUGCAAUGACUGUGGAAAAGCCUUUGGCCACAAGUCAUACCUCAGAAAUCAUCAGAGAAUUCACACAGGGGAGAAACCGUAUGAAUGCAGUGACUGUGGAAAAACCUUUGGCCAGAAUUCAAACUUCAGAAAGCAUCAGAGAAUUCACACAGGGGAGAAGCCUUAUGAGUGCAAUGACUGUGGGAAAACCUUUGGCCAGAAGAAAUACCUCAUAAAUCAUCAGAGAAUUCACACAGGGGAUAAGCCUUAUGAAUGCAAUGACUGUGGAAAAGCCUUUGGCCAGAAAUCAACACUCACAAAUCAGCAGAGAAGUCACACAGGGGAGAAACCUUAUGAAUGCAGUGACUGUGGAAAAGCCUUUGGCCAGAAGUCAUCCCUCAUAAUUCAUCAGAGAAUUCACACAGGGGAUAAGCCUUAUGAAUGCAAUGACUGUGGAAAAACCUUUGGCCAGAAGUCAUCCCUCAUAAAUCAUCAGAGAAUUCACACAGGGGAGAAGCCUUAUGAAUGCAGUGACUGCGGAAAAGCCUUUAGCCAGAAGUCAUCCCUCAUAACUCAUCAGAGAAUUCACACAGGGGAGAAACCUUAUGAAUGCAGUGACUGCAGAAAAGCCUUUAGCCAGAAGUCAUCCCUCAUAAAUCAUCAGAGAAGUCACACAGGGGAGAAGCCUUAUGAAUGCAAUGACUGUGGAAAAACCUUUGGCCAGAACUCAACCCUCAGAAAGCAUCAGAGAAUUCACACAGGGGAUAAGCCUUAUGAAUGCAAUGACUGUGGAAAAGCCUUUGGCCAGAAGUCACAACUCAAAAUGCAUCAGAGAAUUCACACCAUGGAGAAAGCUUAUAAAUGAAAUGACUGUGGAAAAGCCUUUGGUCCCAUCCUUGCAUACCGAGGAUAAAUCCCACUUGGUCUGGGUGGAUGAUCUUUCUGAUGCAUUGUUAGAUUCAAUUGGCCAGAAUUUUGUUGCGGAUCUUUGCAUGUAUGUUCAUCAGGGAAAUUGGUCUAUAAUUACUUUCUCUGUUGUAGUUUUUUCAGGUUUAGGAAUGAAGGUGAUGCUGGCUUCAUAGAAAGAAUUUGGGAGAAUCACCUCUCUCUCAAUUGUUUUGAAUAACUUGAGAAGAAUUAAAGUUAGUUCUUCUUUAAAUGUCUGUCAGAAUUCAACAGUGAAGCCAUCCAAUCCUGAGAUUUUCUUUGUGGCAAGGGUCUUUAUUACUGAUAUCAUUUCCAUCUGGUUGUGGGUGUGUUUAGUUUUCCUAUAUCUGUGUUGCUCAAUUUACGUAGGUUUUAUGGAUGUCAGGAUGGUGGAAAGCCUUUUUGCUGUAAUUCAUAACUCAUAAGAUAUCAGAGAAUUCACACAGGGAAUUUUCUAUAUGACCUUUUUGUACAAGUUAUAUCUCAUGAAAUAUUAGAGAAUUCACCAAGGGGAGAAAUGCAUGAAUGUAAUAAAUGUGAAUAAGCCUUUGUGGUGCAAAUCAGACCUCAUCAAACAUAAAAGAAUUCUCAUGGGGAGAAAUUUUAUGAAUGUAAUGACUCAGAGCCUUUUACCAUAAUUCAGCCCUCGCUGUACAUCAUCAAAUUCAUAUAGGGAAAAACCCCUUUGAAAGUAAAAUCCCUUUAAUUAGAAGCCAUACCUCAUAAGACAACAGGGAAUUCACAUGGGAGAGAAACAUUAUGGGUGUAAUGAGUGUUGGAAAGCUCUGCCCAAAUCUCUCCUUAUAUCAGAAUGCACAACAUAUAUAUCUAAUGAAUGAAAUACAUGUGAGAAAGCCAUUUCACAUAAGUAAUGCCUCAUAAUCCAUCAUGGAGCUUGAACAAGGGAGAGACCUUAACAAUAUAAUGAAGGUGGAAGAGCUUUUCCCCAAAAUUCAUGUACGUAUUGUGAUAAAACCUUUUGCUGGAAAUCACAUCCUAUCUAACAGACGCAUGUAAUGGAGAAAGCUUAUAAAUAUUAUUAGUGUGAAAAGAUUGUCAGAAGUCAAUGGUACAUCAGAGAAUUGACACAGGUGGUUUCUUAUGAGUAUAAUGAUUGUGUAAAAACAUUUUCUUUAUUUCAGGCUUGUAUAGAUAUAGAAUUCACAAAAGGUAAUAUUCUUUGCAUGCUGUGAAUUUGAUAAAACUUAGCCAGAAAUUAGACAUCAACAGACUUCAGAGGAUUCAUAAGGAACAAAAUUCCAUGCAAUGACUUUGGAAAAAGUAUUUCUGCUGUAAAUCAGUCUUUAAUUCCCAUGAAGAGACUCACAAAUGAGAAAACAUGCAUGCAUAGAAAAGUUUUGUACCAUAAAUUAUCUCUAGAUGAUAAACUAAUAAUUCACACAAAAGAAAAAUCAUGAGUGUAAUGGAAUUGGGAAACCCUUUGCUGUAAGGCAGAUUUCCAGGAAGCUUAGCAAGAUUACAGAAAAGUCUCUGAAAAUGUAACAUGUCUGAAAGAAUUGUUAGCAUCACAAAGUGGAGGAUAGCUCAAGUGCAUGUGUUUUUGUGACCUGGCAUCCAAAUUGGUAUCUCUUUUUCUUUGAUGAAUUCCUUGUUUAUUUAUUGAACAGAUUUAGAGACAAAGUAUUCCUGUCCAUUGAUUUACUAUCAUAUGCCCACAAUUGCCAUGGUAAGGUCUAUGGCAAAAUCUGAGUGCUGAGGGCUGUGAAUCUAAUUCAUCACGGAUAAUGCUGAAGACAUUGGUUCCUGGUUUUUACACCGCUAUGCAUGGAAAUGUUUUUCUAAUUUCUUUUUCAAAGAGUUCAUUGUUAAUAUAAAGAAAUGCUCCUGAUUUUUAAAAUUUUAUUUAAAUAAUUUGUGAUCAGUGUGUACUAGUCAGACAUUAUUACAGGGUGUAGUGCAGUAUUUGUACACAUUUACACAGUAGAAACUGAUCAAGCUAAGCAACUACAGUUUUAUCAAUUUGUUUAAAGAUUUAUUUAUUUGAAAGACAGAGUUACAGAGAGAAGUAGCAGCAGAGAGAGGGAGAGGUCUUCCUCUGCUGGUUCACUCCCCAGAUGGCUGAAAUGGCUGGAGCUGUGCCAAUUUGAUGCCAGGAACCAGGAGCUUCUUCCAGAUCUCCCACUUGGGUUCAGGGACCCAAGGACUUGGGCCAUCUUCUACUGCUUUCCCAGGCCAUAGCAGAGAGUUGGAUUGGAAGAGGAGCAGCCUGGACUAGAACUGGUGCCCACGUGGGAUGCUGGUGCUUCAGGCCAGGGUGUUAGCCCACUGUGCCACAAUGCUGGCCCCCAAGCAACUACAGUUUAAUUCUUCUCCAUGAUUUGAGACUACCAGCUCCUCUCUUCCAGUUCUUUACACAGAACCUAAUAUGGUUGAAUGUAGUCAUCUCAUUAUAUUAUGGAACACCAGAAGUUCCUUCUGCCUCUUUGUAUUUUGUUACCUAUUAUCCAAUCCCCUUCUAUCCCUAGCUGCUUCCCUUCUCAGCCUCUAAUAAUCACAGUUCUGUGUUCAGAUCCAUUAUUUUCUUUCACUUCCACAUGUGACAAGGACUAUGUGACAUUUAUGUUCCUGUUUCUGGCUUAUUUCAAUUAAUUUAAUAAUAUUUUGUUCUUUUUUGUAUCUAAAUGAUGUUCCCCUGUCCAUUUUUUUCAUUGAUGGACAGCUAGAUUGGUUUCAAAUCAUGGCUGCAGUGAACUGUGUUAUGGGAAAAUUGCUGUAUCUUUGAUAUGCUCUUCUCAUUUCCUUCUAAUAAAAUUUCCUUCUUAUAUAUAGCCAAGAGCAAGAUAACUGUCAAACGGUAUGUCAAUUUUUAUCUUUAUUUUAAAUUUUUGUUAUUUAUUUGAAAGAGUUACAGACAGAGGUAGAGACACAGAGAGGUCCUCCAUUAGCUGGUUCACUCUACAGAUGACUACAAAGGCUGGAGCUGUGCCAUUCUGAAGCCUGGAAACAGGAGCUUCCUCUGGGUCUCCCACGUGGGUGGAUGGGCCCAAGGACUUGGGCCAUCUUCUGCUAUCCCAGGACAUAGCAGAGAGCUGUAUUGGAAGAAGAGCAGCUGGAACUAGAACUGGCACCCAAAUGGGAUGCUGGCCCUUCAGGCCAGGGUUUUAACCCACUGCACCACAGUGCUGGCCCAAAUUUUUAUCUUUUUUAAGGAGUGACCAUACUGUUCUCCAUAACAACUGUACUAAUUUGUAUUUUCACCCACCAUAUAUGAAGGUUUUCUUUUCCCAUAUGCUCUCUAGCAUUUGUUAUUUUUUAUCAUUUUGGCAUAAAGAUGAUAUAAUAUUGUUCAUGUUUUUGUGUAUUUUGAAAUCAGUUAUUUUGUUUAUUAAAUAUUUGUUUAUUUGAAAGGUGGAUUUAGAGAGAGAGAGGGAUAGACAGAGAUAGCUUUCAUCUGCUGGCUCACACCCCAGAGAGUUUCAGUAGUUGAGCCUGGGGCAUGCUGAAGUCAAGAGCUUCAUCCAAGUCUCCCACGUGAGUGGCAGGGACCCAAGUCCUUCAUCCAUCUUCUGCUGGUUUCCCAGGUACUUUAGCAGUGAGCUAAAUUGGAAGUGGAGAAUCCUAAACUCAAAGUGAAACUCACAUGAUAUGCUGGCCUCACAGAUUGCAGCUUACCCCACUUAGCCACAAUGUCAGCCUCUCUAUCAAUUUAAUUCCUCAAAAAUAGGUCAGUAAUGUUGGCAUCUAUCUCAUUUUGUUUUCUCUCUGUUAUUAUUCAACUUAUUGAUGUCUUAUUUUUGUUCCCAUUAUUCCUCUCAAUUGCUCUACCCAUGGUCAGUAGCAGCUGCUGUGUUGCUUAAAUGCAGUGUAUGCUUUAGAUUCCUCAUUUACUGAGUGCAUGUCAUUCUCAUAGCACUUCCCUGAAGUUCUACUAUGUCCCAAAUCCUCUUCUAGGCACAGAAUUCAGACCACUUUUCUGUUAGGCCUAGAUCUUGCCUUUAACAUACUACUUGGAAUUUAGUAGCUCAUGAAAUGUGCAGACUGCAUAAAUGAAUGAAUAUUUUGAGGGCUGUGAUUUUGUGGGGGAACUUCAUAAGAGACCGAAGGAAUAAAAUAAAUCAAAAGUAUCCAUCGUAUAUAGAAUGUAUACUAUUUUACAAGUCACAGAGAAGAGGAAGAAGAAGGAAAGUAGUGAGACUAGAAAGUUUGUGGCAAGACUAACAGGCACUGGUUGAGAACUUAAUAAGCCCGUUAGGAAAGCAGUAAGGUUUCUCUAUCUCCCUGUAGACUCUGCUCUCCAGAGGUGAACAGGGUCCUCUAAAACCCACUUGCUGCACACACAAAAACCUGAGCGUUGUAUUCUCCCACAGAUGUUGGAGACUGAUAUUGUGUUCUGAUUUAUAUUUACAUAAUGGCCAGUGACAUUGGGCAUAGUCACAUGUUUUGACCAUUUACAUUUCUUCUGAGAAAUGUCUAUUCAGAUCCUUGCCUGUUUCUUCACUGUAGUUUUUGGAGUUUUUCCAAUAUAUAUAUAAGUUCUGGAAAUCUGUAAACAUUCAGAGUUUAAAUUUUUCCUGCCAUUCUGUUCACUAUAUCUACACUCUGAUGUUUACUUUGUUUUGAAGAAGUAUCUUAGUUUGAUAUACUCAAGUGUCUGUUUUUAUUUUUGUUACUAUUGCUAUUGGAAUCUUACCCAAAACUAUUGUCUGUUGACAAUAUUUAGAGUUUCCCUAUGUUUACUUAGGUUUUGGUCUUAUGAUUAGAUUUUUAGUUCACUGUGAGUUCACUUUCACAUAGUGUGGAGUCACAUAGUUGGAGUCUAUUUUCAGGCUUCUACAUAUGGAUAAUCAGGUUCCUCUGCACCACUUGUGAAAGAGAUUCUUCUUUCUCCAGUUCAUUUUAGUUCCUUUGUUAAAUAUGAGUUGCCAGUAGAAAUUUGGGUUAUUUCUGUGCUACCUAUUCUUUUCCAUUGAACGAUGUAUCUGUUAUCAUGUCAGUGCUAACACUUCUUCUUUUUGUUUUUUACAGUUUAUUUAUUUAUUUGAAAGGCAGAGUUACAGAGAGGUAGAGGCAGAGAGAGAGAGGUCUUCCACCCACUGGUUUACUCCCCAAAUGGCCACAAUGGCCGGAGCUGUGUUGAUCUGAAUCCAAGUGUUAGGAGCUUCUUCCAGGUCUCUAUGCAGGUUCAGGGGCCCAAAGACUUUGGCCAUUUUCUACUUUUUUCUCAGGCUAUAACAGAGAGGGGUAUAAGAAGUGGAGCAGCUGGAAAACAUACUGGCAUCCGUAUGAGAUGGUGGCACUGCACACGGUGACUUUACCUGCUUUGUCAUAGUGCUGACCCCUGUAAUAUGUCUUAAAAUAUGGUAUGAUGUCUCUAGCUUUUUUUGUUUUAUAAUAUUGCUUUAGAUGUUAAGCAUCUCUCAUGUUUCUAUAUGAAUGUUAGCAUCAUUUUUUUUAGCUCUGAGAAGAAUAUCGUUGGUAUGUUGAUUGGGAUUGCAUUGAAUCUGUAAAUUGCUUUUGGUAGUAUGGACAUUUUGAUAUUAUUCUUCCCAUUCACAAACAUAAGUUUUCUGUGAGACUGUCAAAAAGCCUUGACAAAAA